AUGCACUUUCCACUAUCCAAAAAAAUCACCGAAUCUUCACCAGCCAGCCCACAUGGUGCUUCCAUCACCUACUACUUGCCCAUCCUGCCUAGGAUCCUCUUCGAUUAUUCUGACCUAAGCCGUGAACCAUCAGCACACUGGAAGUGGAAAGCGUGCUCACAAAACUCCCACAAAACUCCCACUGCGUCACACCUCUGGAUUACUAUUAACUCCUCCGGUAGUCCUGUCCUUCGCCGGGCUCACGUUCCCAUACCCAAAUUUAGAGUCCCUCGAGAAAAGAUUGACAUUCUCACAGCGCAUAUUCGCAGCAUCGCCACCCCAACUCUUUCUUGGUCCUGA